AUCUUCAAAUGCAACUCAUGUGGUCGUUUCGAAGAGGUAGUUUAAAGAUCUUGUAAUGGCCAAGAUACUGCAGAAAUACGUAAAGUUCUCGGCCAAGGAGCUGGAGACGUACGCCAGCAGCCCGGGCUCAUGUGUGCGAUGCAUCACCACGGACAUGCACCUGGCGAUGGGUCCGUACGGCAUGGCCAACUUCAAGCACGCGCUCCACGAGCUCCUCAUCCGCACCAGGGUGGGAUUCUACGAUGCCAACCUCGACGGGAUAUUACUGGGCAUCAAGAACAUCAAGGUGCUGGGCCACACAGCCGGUCUCCGUGCGGACGACCCCAUCAUGCACCUAAUCAUCAACGCGGACUUCUACGUCUUCCGUCCCGAAGUGGGCGCCAUACUGAGUGGCGUGGUGCAGCACAUCUCGAAGUACCAGGUCGCCGCCAUCAUCUACAGAGUCUUUAACACCGCCAUCCGCUUCACCAACAAAGAGGACGUCGCCAUGGAGCAGGAGAUCAAGUUCCGGAUAAAGAACUUCGAUAUCGGCAAUGUGGUGCCCUACAUCGAGGGAGAAAUUUUGCAUGAGAAUGGCACGGAGCCGAAGAAACAAUCCAAAAAGUUUGCCAGCGAAGACUCGGAUGUUGAAGAGGUUGUGGAAGAGGUUAAGGAAGAGGACCCCGACGAAAUGUUAGAUGCCCUUUUAGAAGAAAUAAAGAAAGAACCUGAUUUCACGCCAAAAAAGAAAUCUCCGAAAAAACGAAAGAAUGGAGAAAACGGUGACAUCGCCAAAGCGAAAAAAGUGAAAAUAGAAAUAAAAAACGAGCCAAUAUAGCUUUAAAAUCUUUCGUUUUUAACAUUUUUGUAUAGUACAAAUUAACAAUUACAUAAUGUCGUACAAUUACGACAUCAAAAUGGCAGGGGUUGAUUAUAUUUUUUCAAAAAACUUGCAAUAUAAGUAUAUAAAUUCUUAUAACUUUUGGUAUCACAUUUCCUAACUCGAUAUUCGCCCCAAAUAUUGUUUGCUUUAGAAGUCUAGCCUAAUUAAGUUAGAAUACAUACCCGAUUUAUUCUCCACUGCCAUUGCAGGGUUCCUCUUCGAACAUUGAAAAACGAUUAAUUGGAGACGGGUUUUAAAAUGUGAAUAUGAAUACUUUGUAAUACAUAUGUAUUUCAUACAAAUAGAGUCAAUAUUUUACAAUACAUUAAAUACAAUAUGUGUAUUAUAGUUAUAAUAUCUGUUUUUCUUUUACAAAUCAUUAAAAGCUUGUUUUAUAUUA